UCCGCGCUGCCCACUUCCACUCCCGCUCCCCUCCUCCGCCGUUUCCAAUCCCAUCCACCUGCGCGCCGCCGCCGCCGCCGCGUCCGGAAGGGAAGGAGGGAGCGGCGCCCGUCGGACCCUUCCCGGAAGCUUCCCCGCGGCGGCGACCUCCCGGCUUCCAGGCAGAUGGAGUGAAAGGGUCCGCCGACGACGCAGAGGCACGGCGGCAUGCAGAGGAGGUAUUAGGGUUUAGGGGUUGGAGGAUCUAAUUAUGGCGCAGGCUGCUGUCGAAUCUGCUGUGAGCGGCGGCGCCCUACACGGGAGGCCAGCGGAGGUACCCAGGAUGAAGAGGAAGACACCCUCCGAGCUGCGGGGAGAGCAGUUGAAGCGACGCACAUCUGAAAAGGUUGCUAAUGAUCAGUUAUUUGCUUCUGCGGCAUUUGAUAGGUCAAGCAAUGGGCUUCGGAACCCAGAACAGCCAAAGAUCUCCAAAUAUAUCAACACUCGUGUUACAGAGGUGUUCCAAGUUAAGAAAUCCAGAAACGUUGGAAAGGAAAAUUGUAAGGAUGCGUUACCGAAUAAUGACAAGGCUCCCAAGUCUUCUGUCGCUGUAACUACUUCACAAUCUGAGUCUGUAUCAUCUUUGUUCCCACGCCAUGGCGACUCUGCUAAGUUGGACUCUUCUACUCCAUCGCUUGGGGAGGCAGCAAAGCCAGGCUUUAGGAAAGCUGAGAAAUACAGUGAGAAUGCUCUACGGAGUGUAUCUGAGCUUCAUGUUGGUGAUGAGAAGCAGGCUGGAUCUAGCAAAUUUGACAUGGAAAAAGUGAUGAAACAGUUUGGAGCUCGUGAUGCUUCUGGAGCUCCCAAUGCCCCUAACAUUCAAAUUGGUGAUGUUCCUUUGAAGUCUUCAGAGGCGUGCCCCUCUAAGAUUACAAUACCAGGAAAAAGAGCUCCUUUGGAUCUCACCUUGAAGACUACUCUGCAGUUUGUUUCAUCAUCUUCUGUGAAGUGGUGUCAUAAUUUAAGUACAAGUUUAUUUAGGGGCAGUAUUGCUGGACCCAUUUCUCAGAGUUAUCGUGGUAGGUCCCAAAAUUCACGACGAACAAGGCCCGAGAGCAACAAGGAACUCUUAUUCUCGAGGGCACUCCAAUCAUGGGUAUAUCCACAAUCCGUGUUACCGGCUUCCAUCGUAUCUGUUAUGCUCUCAUCAACUGCACGAGGAGAAAAAGAGUUCCUUGACAAAAGGUACCAGGACUGGGAAGAUUCGUUUCAGAAUCUUUACUACAUGCUCCGGAACAAUAUGUUGAAUAUCUUUUAUGUUUAUACGGCACAAUUUGUUGCUCUAUUUAUUGGCGGAAACUGUUUGGAGAAGCAGUCUUGUAAUGCAUACUUAUCACAAUCUACCCGUGGCAUACGGUCAUUACUCCGAAAACAUGGUGUUCGCUUUUCUAUGCCUCUUUGCAAUACUGAAGUGGAGGAGGCUACUGAGGAUGACCUGAUUGAAUUUUCAAAAAUCCAAACACUCAAUCUAGGCCAGACACUUCAUAUAGAUGCUCUAUCUGAGGUGGACAACACCACACAGUCGCUCCUUUCAUUUACUGGCAAUAAGAGCGUUCAUGGCUUAUAUGAUGUCCUGUUGAACUACAAGUCCUUUCUGAAUUCAUUAUCUGCCACAGAUGUCCCAGUGUUAUAUUCACCGGUGCCAUUUCAGAAUAGUUGCCUCCAUAUUCCAGAGGUCAUAUGCAGGGAAAUGAGGAAAGCCGACACCGGCUCGGCCUCCUCCGUUGCCAUCGACGAACCUGGAUCAGCGCUUGCUCCUCCUUUAGGGGGCAACAUGUGCUACAGCAUGGAGAUAAAGGACGUGGUCAUCCCGCCGUGGGUGGUCUCUGGUGUCUGCGCCGCGAUGAGCGCGGACGCGGAUCAGUUUGAUGUAACGAUCGCGACAGAGCCCUCGUCCAUGGGAUUGAACGCCGCCUUUGCCUCAGUAGGCGGAAACACCCAGUCGUCGAAGACGCCUACACCUGAUGGUGGCUGCGAGGCCCUGGGUGUCCCUGGUGCCGUGCUGGUCCCGUCAUUGCACACCGCCUCGCUCCGGCGCCUCAGCUACAGCAACGGCGAGUACGUCGCGCACACGACCGUGUGAGCUCCUUGGAGACGCCCCGGAGCGGUGUCUGGGAGCAUAGGCUGCCGCUUCUGCCCAGCCAACCUUUGCUGUUCCAGUGUGGAAGGCUGCUCCGUCCACAUUUUGUUCCUGUGUACCCUCCACCUCCAGGCCUCCACGGCAAGAAGCCCCAUGGCGUAGAUGGAAGCCAGACGAGCCUUGUUGGAGCCUAGGAGCGGCAUCCAAAGCCUGGGCUUUUGCAGAGGAUUCUGGAAAGCGUGCGUGUGUGUGGAGGUGGUUUGUAACUUUUGAGCCUGUGCUGGUGAUUUGUUCACAGGACAUAUUGUUACACUUGACUAGUUGUUUAAUGGAGUCUGUGCCUACGGAAAAAGGAAUGGAAAAAUGAUGGUUAAAUAUUAUUAUUUUGAAUC